UGACUGGCAGCCCGAUCCUCAAACCAGUUAAACAGGAGCCUUUGGAUUUAAGCCGGCUUAGUCCUAUUGAGCGAGAGCUAAACCCUGGAGAGGCCCAGGAAGCCGAGAGGGGGGAUGCGGUAGCCAAGACUCCAUCCUGCUCCGCCCUGGAUUAAAAGCCCUGGCAUCUGAAUUUUAUGAAGGGGUGGUGGGGUUGUCUGCGGGGCUCGAGAUCUCGGGGGUCCGCGUGGAGGCAGGAGUUGUGGAGAGCGGAAGAAGCUCCAGAUAAUUGGACAAGAACUCUGAGCUGGUCAUCGAUAGGCCUUGGGUCCUGGCAUCAAGUUGUGAUCACUGUUGUGCGGAGUUGUUUUUUAUAGUGGCCAUUGAGUGGAUUCAUUAGCACAGGAGGGCAAAGGCAUGAAAAUAGGGGAGGCUCCUAAAAUAGCAAGACAAUAAUGGGGGGGUAGGGGAUGGGAGAAGGGAUAAGCCUGAAUUUGGAAAUAUCCCCAGCAAGAUAAAAUACCUGAUUUGGGUACAUAGGUGUGGCUGACUAAGUGUCCGAGAUAGAAGUUCAGGCAACAUUUGAUAAGAAGGUGUGCCUGGUGCAGAAAAUGGAGAAGGUGCCAGCAGGGCCUGGACCAGCAGAGACAUCGGAACGAGCAGGAAGGGACCAUGUUGCCAUUCAGCCUAGGAUCAGAUGGGAACUACCCCAUGGGGCAAUGUUACAGCCGGAGAGCAUGCCGACCCAGUGGUGGGAAUACCUGAAGACCCUGCCCUCUCCAGCCACGGUAUGGGGCAGCCCAGGCCUCCCAGAUCUGACUUCUUGGGAUGACUUGAUCGCUUUUGAGAGAGUGUUUGGAGUCUGUCAGUGGCCUAGAGAUGACGGGGUGACCAGACUGAAGCCGGCUUUCUGGGCAGAAGGCCAGCAAGUAUUGAGCGGCAAGAGCGCUAGAGGCAAAAAAGCCUGUGGGAAAGUCAAGACCAUCUUCCUGCACGAAAACUCCCCCACCACGGAGCUACACCGCCAGCGCUUCAGGCAGUUCUGUUACCAGGAAGCCGAGGGGCCUCGGGAAGUCUGUGGCCGCCUGCGGGAGCUCUGCCAUUGCUGGCUGGAGCCAGAGUGCCGCACCAAAGAGCAGAUUGUCGAGCUGCUGAUUUUAGAGCAGUUCUUGACCGUCUUGCCUCAGGAUAUCCAAAAUCAGGUCAGGGAACGUAGCCCAGAGACCUGUGCCCAAGCAGUGGCCCUGGCCGAAGGCUUCGUUUUGCGGCAGCAAGAAGACAAGCAACAAGAGGAGCAGGGGACUCGAUCAUCUCAAGAUGUGGCUGUGGAUUUUUCAAAAGUACGGAAAGCGUCAGUGGAGGUCAGGCAGCAGCAAUCGGGCACCCGGAGAAGGAGAGUGGAUAUUGUUAACCUCUCAAUGGGUGUCAAUCUAGCCAGCGGAACGGAGGAGCUGGAGCAGCAGCAUCUGGAGUCCAAGGAAGAGGGGGACGUGACAGCCCAUCCAGUCUCAGGGGGAACCCAGAGGAGAGAGAAAAGCCAUGUUUGUAUCGAAUGUGGCAAAAGCUUCACUCGCCCCUCCGAUCUGGCAAAACAUCUUAAUGUUCACACAGGCGAAAGACCCUACCUUUGUGUCGAGUGCGGGAAAAGCUUUAGCCAGCUUUCCCACCUCACAAGACAUCAGAAAAUCCACUCAGGAGAGAAGCCUCACAUCUGUUCCGAAUGCGGCGAUACCUUCAGCCAACGGGCAUAUCUUGUCAGCCAUCAAAGGAGUCACUCGGGAGAGCAGCCAUACCACUGUUCUUAUUGCCAGAAAUGCUUCAGCCACCAGUCUGCUCUGAAGAUCCACGAGCGGAACCACAUGGGCCAGAAGCCCUAUGCCUGCACCGACUGCGGGAAACGGUUUGUGUCCUCCUCUUCCCUCACGACACACAGAAGGAUCCACACGGGAGAAAAACCUCACGCCUGCGGGGUGUGUGGGAAAAGGUUCAUCCAACACUCCAACCUGGUCUCUCACCAGCGAACGCACUCGGGGGAGAAGCCGUUUUCCUGUAAGGUGUGCAGCAGGAAAUUUGCCUACCCUUCGGAUCUUACCCGGCACCAAAAAAUCCAUACAGGAGAGAAACCUUACGCCUGUGAUGAGUGUGACAGAAGAUUCACCAGGCUUUCUGAUCUCAUUACACACCAGCGCAUCCAUACGGGAGAAAAACCAUACCGUUGCCUUGAGUGUGGGAGAAGAUUCAGGCAGAGGGGCGUGCUGGUGAAACAUCAGAGGUGCCAUUCAAAAGAAAAUCCAAAAGGAAGUGAGGCCCUCCAGUCCACUGAGUCUCAAGCUAAAAGUCCAUUCAAAACUCAUGAGAUCAAACUGGUGAAAGAACUGGAAGAUCAGGAGGAGGAACCUAGCUUGAUUCUCUCUCCCAGUCCCUGAUGCUUGUCAUUCUUAUACUGCUGCUUACAGAGGGAUCAGUCAUUCUAUAGCAGGGGUCUCCAACCUUGGCAACUUUCAGACUUGUGGACUUCAACUCCCAGAAUUGCUUUGCUGGCUGAGGAACUCUGGGUGUUGAAGUCCACAAGUCUUAAAGUUGCCAAGGUUGGAGACCCCUGUUCUAUAGGAUAAAUCAUCGACUCCUUUUUCUAUUCCUUUAAAACUGAUUAGAAAGUGGACAUGAAGGUUGAUGACCACAACACAAUGAAGCUCAUCAUGCUCUCUGUUUGUGUUUUUUUUAUAAAUAACACUCCAAAAAGAGAAGGGGCAUUUAUAGAUGGAAUUGUAACUUCAGGAAAGAAAAAGCAAGAAGAGUAAUCUUGCCUUUUCCUCUAUUAUAUGGCUGGUUUUCCUUUAUCUGCAAACAGUAAUUUUUUGAAGCAGCUGAAAUAAUGCAGAUGACUCUGUGUGCAGCAGUUGGAGUAAACCUUUUCCAAGUAAUUAACUGUCCUUUGCUAGCCAGGUAAAAGAUGAGUAGCUCUCUUUUAGGAAAGAAUAGCUUCCGAACAACUCAAAUUAGACAGAACCUGAACACACCUGAUAUGUUCAAGGCCCGGUUAGGACAAUGAUUGCUUUUACUCUAUAUGGUGAUUUAAAUGCAGUUUUUCUCUGCCUAGGAAAUAUCAGGCAGAAACUGGAGAAGCAGACAGAUCAUCAUAAGGUCAGCAGGCUUUAGGCAAUAUACAGGAGCACUGCUGGGAUAAUGGUAUGAGCUGGUAAUCUUUCUAGAUUGGCAACGAUGAUAGCUCUGUCAGCUUCUACUUCUUUAUAUUAAAACCCAAGCAGCUGUCAAUCCUUCUGGGAUACUGGAUGUCAUCCUCUCAUUUCUGUCCUAGCUCAUCUCCAGUAGAAUUUGAAGAAUGAGGAUGUGAUAAGGAUACAUUUUUAUCAGGUUGGGCCUUUGGCACCAUCUAGCCUAAAUGGCCACAUAUCUCUAAGAAAAGGCAACUUUCCCAGCUUGUGACUAGAAAUUCUUGAAAGGAGGUUUUGUAAUCAUGUUAGUUGUGAAUUGCACCAGGGGUCUCCAAACUUGACAACUUUAAGCCUGGCGGACUUCAACUCCCAGAAUUCCCCAGUCAGCAAAGCAAAGCUGGCUGGGGAAUUCUGGGAGUUGAAGUCCUCCAAGGCUUAAAGUUGCCAAGGUUGGACACACCUGGACUGCACCAUUAACUCUAGCAUGGCUUCCGAGUGACACUACCUAAAGUUUUAUUCUGAGAUUCAUUUUUAUAAAUUAUGGCAAGCAGACAACUUCAUUGUUUGUUCCACACUUGCAUGUAGUCUGACUGAUAUGCUCCAGGCAACAAACAUACCUCUCCCAGUUAUAAUAUUUAAUGAAGGAAAAGUCAUAGAUGAAGCUCUAGAUUGCAGAAGGAGAUGUGAGCAAAAUGAGAAAUAUGUAAAUGUGGUUUGUGCAUUGUGGGGACUUGUAGCAAAUGAGCUCAUCUUUAAUUGGCUGCUGCUACUUUUAUUUUAUUGAGAUCUGGCUUCAGAUGUAGACAGACAAACUUAACUUGGUCAAUUGUAUCUAUGAAAGGUUCUGGAAAUGUAGGAGGCAAAAUAGAUAGCAAUUCAAUGUAUCUCGGUGGCUGAUGUCCCACUGCUGUUUUCUGGCCAGCAUCACUCUUUAAAUAAAUAGAAAUAAAUUGAAUAGAAAAUUGGUAAAUUUAGGAUUGGUACCAUCCUAAGGGAGGAAAUAAUAGCUCCUGAGAGUGCUCUAUUGAUGAUAAUAAAGUGAUACCUGUUCUAAAAGUGUAGGACAUAUUUUAGAACGAAUUCAAAUCUUUGAUACAAAUUCCAAAAAGUUCUACUUACAACUUUAGGUAGGACUAUGUAUAAGAUUCUGAAGUGGUCAAGAACUUAGCAUGUUGAAGAGGUUAUAUUUAACAUUGCGUUAAAGAGAUUAUUAAUUUUCAUAAUUGUGAAGAUAAAAUUUAUAAAUACACUGGUAGAAUUCCAGAAGCAAGGGAUGCUUAUCCAGAGCCAGAUGCUCAGUCAUUAAGCAUUUGGUUAAUAACUUUAAUAACUUUUUAUUUAAUAACUUUUUCUCUCCUUCAAUAAUGAACUAACAUGAAUGGCAAGGUAUCCCUUUCAGCAGACUUCCAAUGCACAAAUCACGUACCUAAAGGCAAAAAAUACUGACAGUCUGACAUGAUUUUAAUAAACAAAACUG